AUGCGUCAGCCAUACGUGGUACGAUUGAUUGUCUUGCGCCCUUCCCACGCCCAUCUCGCUAAUACCUGUUACAGCAAGGAGAACACUGUUCUGAGAGCAUCUCUUGACCCUAUGAUGGUCUCUGUGAUCCCGAACGCUCUAGUAGCGGAGAACUUUCGCCCACCGUCAUACACCGAAUCUGUCAGCGGCUCGUUAAACAAUCGCCCAUUAACUCAUAGAAUGCCCGGACCCCGUCUCCUAGGGCCGGACGAUACAAUAACGAUAGUGGUGAUAUCACGGCUCUUCUACAACAAAGGGACGGAUCUACUAAUAGCAGCAAUACCCCGGAUACUUGCGCUUAAUAAAAACGUGCGAUUUAUUAUUGGUGGAUCUGGCCCAAAGGCCAUCGACUUGGAACAAAUGCUGGAGAGAAAAGUGCUUCAGGACAAGGUAGAGCUAUUGGGCCCGAUCAAGCACGAAGAUGUGCGUGAUGUGAUGAUCAAAGGCCACAUAUAUCUUCAUCCCAGUCUGACAGAAGCCUUUGGCACCGUGAUCGUCGAGGCCGCCAGCUGCGGGCUGUACAUUGUCUGUACCCGUGUUGGUGGCAUCCCGGAAGUUCUCCCGCAACAUAUGACAACAUUUGCAAAACCGGAAGAAGACGACCUAGUGCAGGCAACAGGAAAAGCAAUUGCUGCGUUGCGGUCGAACAAGGUGCGAACUGAGAAGUUCCACGACCAGGUCCGAAUGAUGUACUCAUGGACUGACGUCGCGCGACGCACCGAACGUGUCUACGAUGGGAUCUGCGGUGCCAUUAGCGAGGAAGAGUUCUACGGCAAUUUCCCCAAGGAGAGCUGGACGGGCUCGCGCAGGCGAGAACAUAGUUUUGCGUUGAUUGACCGGCUGAAGCGAUACUAUGGCUGUGGGAUCUGGGCAGGGAAGCUGUUCUGCCUCUGCGUGGUGAUCGACUUUCUGCUUUACGUCUUCCUCGAGCUAUGGAUGCCUCGCAGUAGCAUCGACAUUGCCCGAGACUGGCCAAAGAAACCGGUUGGAAGAGAAGGCAGCCAGCUGCUAGACGUUCGUCAGCCGAUGGACAACGCUCGGCACCAUCCUGGCAACGAAACCUGGCAGGAAAUGAUCUGA